AACCCACCCAACCCCUCACUCUCUCAACUCAACUCACCACUGCUUCGAGUUGGGGAUGGCGAUGGUGGCGAUGGUGGUGGCGGCGAUGGCGGUGGCGGCGGUGGCGAGGGGGGACAUGAGCGCGGACAGGACGGAGUGCGCGGACCAGCUGGUGGGGCUGGCGCCGUGCCUGCAGUACGUGCAGGGGGAGGCGAAGGCGCCGGCGCCGGACUGCUGCGGGGGGCUCCGGCAGGUGCUCGGGAAGAGCCCCAAGUGCCUGUGCGUCCUCGUCAAGGACAAGGACGACCCAAACCUCGGCAUCAAGAUCAACGCCACCCUCGCCCUCGCCCUCCCCUCCGCCUGCGGCGCCACCCACGCCAACGUCUCCCACUGCCCCCAGCUCCUUCACAUUCCUCCGAACUCGAAAGACGCCGCCAUCUUCAGCCCCGGUGGCGACAAGGGCUCCCCUGCUGCUCCAGCGAAGGACAACUCGACGACGACGACCGACUCGCGCGCUGUGCAGGCGGCCAACGGGGGCAGCCGCUCGUCGGCGGCGACCGCCGGCGCCGCGCUGACGGCGUUGCUGGCCGGCUACUUCCUCCUGCUCCUGCCGGAAUUCUCAGCUCCGUCGUCCUUCUAGAUCACUGUCUGCAUCAUCUCGUGCGUCCUCUGCAGCUACCGAUCGAAACCAAGAACACGGGAUUGGAUGGAGCCAGAUCAAUUAGUGGGCGAUUAUAUUGGACAAUGCCUGGUGAAAAACUGAGACUCAGAGAGUGUGAUGCAUCCGUGCAUAUGUUGUAGUAUGUGACAGAUAGUAAUUCGUUGGCGUUUGCAGUGUACUGUACUGCACUGUUUGUUCUUUUCCUGCUAUGUUCUGGAUUCUGGACGAUGUGUUUUGCUACUCCUACUAGCUUUUCUAUAGUACAUCUGGUUACUAAUGCUGAUCACGAUUGAUAUUUGUUGCUGCCAGAGUAGCAGUAAGGUGAGCCGUUUGAUUGAUCUGUUCCAGCUUU